CAUUUUUUUUAAAUUUUUUUUGCAUUUAUACUGCACAAUUUUCUUUCAUUCUUUUUUGCCAUUUCACAAUGUCUGGCAAUUUUCAGCUGUCGAGUUUGCGCCUGCCGCACCCAAACCUGGACUUUUUGCGGUUCAACCGUCACGAGGAACAGACAAACGACGCGAACUUUACAGCCAUAGUGUCGACGCCCGUAGUGGUAGACAGCAUCGUGUUCAGCGAGUACAUUGCCGGCAGUACAGUCGACAACAUCGUGGUCAAAAUACGCCACGAGCCGGACAUGGUUGACGCACACGAGGCUGCAAUCGCUGAAUAUGUCAAGGGGCAGCUCCACCUGAUGCAGUACUUGGAAUACUACGUGCACAGGCCACGCUACUUUCUCGAGCAGCGCCAUCUGCUGCCAUUUGGCGAGAAGGCGCGCGUGGAUCUGAUAGAGAGCUACUACGCCUUUGACGAGCCUGUCAUGCUCGAGUUUCUCGGCCGAAAGCUCAACUCGCGCGCUCGCACGUACUUGCCCGAAGUGGCCAUCAAGACCGGCAUUCCGAUCGCCAGCUGCAAGCGGCAGUUUGAAAACAUUAAGCGCAUCGCCAAGCAGUCCGAGGACGAAGAGGGCGUGCCGCUGGUAAAUGAGAUUAUGGAAAAGUUUGCGCUGCCAGAGCCCCUAGCAAUGAGGUACGCACACAUUCUUUUCCUGAACAUCAACAGAGUGGACACAACCAAACGGUGUCUAGCCCACUUCAAAUUUGCCGACUUUGACUUUUGCGCCUCCAUACUGAUCAAGUACUGGACCACAACGUCGAGCACCAUGACGCUGGAUGACAUUGACGAGCCCCUGACGCAGCAUGCGCAGCAGCUGAAGAGUCUGUUGGUGGAGAACAAAACCAACUUUGACCAGCUCUGCGUGUCCGUGCGCGGCCACAUCAACACAUUGGUCCCAAAGGCACACGGCAGUCCGCAGUCAAACAGCAAUGGGACUGUGGUGCCCGCCCAGACGUUGCUGCACAUUUUGGAAAACCGCACGGCACGCGGCACCACGCAGCUGCGAGCCAUUCUGCGCACCUCGUUCAGCCUGGUCGCCGGCAUUGAUGCCUCUUCGACAUUGCGCGACGUGCUUGGCAUCAUUGUCGAAAAGAUUGUCGACACAUUUGCCAGCUUGGGACUCCGAUCCGAGGAUAUGGAGCUAUUUUACGAAUCAUUUGCAGUCCACGCGGCACUCAUGCUGGUGGACCAAAUGCCGGAUGCUGGCCCGUCAAUCCAGGCGUUGAAUCGCGCGCUGACCGGGACCAAACUGCUUGGGCGCCGGCUCUUCCGGCAAAAGCCCAGUCUGUUUGGACCGCUGAACAAAAUUAGGUCGGCUUGAUUCUUUACUUUUAAACCUUGAAGUGGAUACUCAAUCUGGAACACAGCGUUUGU